AUGCCUCCCAAUCGCCCCAAACUGACACAUGAUCCCACCCACCCCAAAUUUGUAACAGCGAUUAUUAACGCUAUGAACAAGAAUCUCGAUUUAUUUGAUGAUACAAUCCCAAGGACAAGUAAUUUAGAAAGCGGUAGAAAGUUUCGACAACGAAAACGUGCCACCGAUUCUAAGGAUAAUGCUCUCUCCGACCUGCUUCGACGACCAAGAUACUCGUUACCGUUAGCCUACACUCUAGGUGUGUCUAGUCGACUUGCUUAUGAGGAUGUUGAGGUGAUCAAAUAUGAAUUAGCAAGAGCUGGGUUUGACGUUGAAAACACGUUCAAACCUAUUGCGUACAAGAAUAUAUGCGCUUUCAUUGCCGAAAAAGAUGAUGACAUCUUGCUCGUGUUCCGCGGUACAAAUCCUAUGAACAUGGCAAACUACAUGACUAAUGUCAACAUACACAAGGCGCAGGUCAACUCGCCCUAUAUUGGAUAUAUGGGGAAAGUGCACAAAGGAUUUUGGGAAGCAAUGGGUGAUCCAAAGAUGAAACGCAAAUCAUCAGCUGCAGCUGCAGUCGAUCCCGGUGUUUCAUCGACAGUCAACAUUGAGCUUAGUGGCACUUCCAUAUCCCGAACAAUAUGGACGACCAUCAAGGCUAUACUGCAGAUCAUCCGAUUUCUGACCAGUAGUUUAUCGCAUCACGUACGAGAUCCAGUCGACAGCCGUUGGCUAGGAGAGAACGUUGAUCUUCGAUCACAAAAUUUAUUUGUGCAAGCGGAGAGUUGGAUCAUGGAUUUGGUUAAUAGAGAUGCCGACAGUGGAGAUGAAGGCGUGGUUCCUGAUCUGAAGGAUAGCGACAGUAGCAGUACGGAUGAGCAAGCUACUAAUCUAGCCAAAAAACCCAAUCGGCGAUCUGUGGAUAGUCCAACUAUGCGGCAAAGUACACGCCAUGGCAGAAAACGUCUAUUCAUCACUGGGCAUUCUUUAGGAGGAGCUCUUUCUACAAUCUUUCUAGCUAAAAUGCUACAGUCCAAUUCCGAGUUAUUGCAAAUUUUUGCUGGGCUAUACACGUUCGGCCAUCCAAAGAUAGCGGAUACCGACUUUGCAAAAACAUUUUCUCCUAGAAUGUCUAGCAAGAUUUUUCACCAUGCAUACAAUAAUGACAUUGUGACCCGCGUACCGUCACAUGAUAACUACAGCUCCCCACCAGGCACAUUGGUCUUUAUCGACUCUGCAUUCAACAUUACUUUAUACCCACCCAAUCCUUUGACCAACGAGCCCGUACCGAUACGACCCAUUUCAUUUUUGCAUCUUUCUGGUCUGCUGAACAGACACAUUAUCGCCCGUUUGGUAUCGGACUCGCUGGUACGAAUCAUCCUACGCGUGGUGUUCCCAUUUUUUGUCAACGACCACUUCCCUUCCGACUACUGUGAAGCACUUCGCAAGGGCAAGAUUAAUUGGGUCAUCAUUGGUGAAGGUGGUAUCUCGGCAGGUGAUGAAACGGAUGUAGGAACCAGUUUGACCCCUCUCAAGCAAAAAACUGCUGAAACUAGCUCUCGACGUCUAAAUGUAAUGAUAGAACAGCCAGUCAUUAAAAUGGGUCAGAGACACAUCCUGAAAAGUGGUCAGAUUAUCGGCGGCAUCCACACCCAGCCCGCUUAA